UACAUACCACCUGUGGGUCAUCAUACCACCUGGGGGGGCUGAGAUCUUUAUAAACAGCUCAAUGGCACAGUAAGGACCAUCAGCAGUUGGGUGACUAGAGAAGACAGACGUCCAGCUCGACUAUCCAGUGUACCAUGGCCUCUCUCUCUCUGUACCUGGGACUGCUGGUGCUAUGCACCCUGGCUCUUGUACACUGUGACCUGAAUGGCGGCCCCGUCAGAGUGUAUGAUAUUCAUGCCUCCAACCUGAAACGAUGGCUAUUCAUAAAACCAAGCCCUUACGUCAAGGUGUGGUGCGGUUCGUCCUUUCAUGGCAAGAGCAACACUCUGGAGAAACAGGAAAACCCUGUCUGGCCUGGCGAGUUCAACUUUGCUAACAUCCUUCCCAACGCUGUCCUGACAGUGGAGGUGUGGGAUGAUGUCAUCGGACUAGAUCACCACAUGGGAACCUGCAAAAUCACCAUCCGCCCGGGAACACACAGUGAGAUCUGCCAGCUGAAGAGAGGCACCGUCUACUACUCCUACAGCUAUGGCUACAGUCACUAGAUGGAACAGUUUGAUGAUUAGAUUGUAACCUAUGACCUUUGUCACCCUUUCACUCAUGUAUUAAUUUCCUUAUAGCAUAAAAAAAACGUGCUUCAUAGCAAGAUGUUCUCAGUCAGUCUUAAUCAUGUUUCUGAAUUGUUUUAUUUCUCAGAAGAUGCCUUAGAAGAUGGUACACAGCAUAUUAAAAUAGUUAAUCACUAUUUCUACUAGAUUUGAGAUCUUAUGUCAAAACCUUUAACCAUUCGACAUUUACCUUUUACAGUGUCACGACAUCACAACUCUCUCUCUUCACUGCCAUGGAGUGGAGAGAGAGAGACCGUGGAGAACAAAGACAUUAUUCUUCCCAAAACUCCUGUUUGCGACAUUCAGAAUAUAACUGAUGAGGUGAUAAUACAUUAAAAAGUGACUGUAAUCGAUAAGAUAUGAAAAUAUCUGAAGAGUUAAUUCGGGAAAAAGAGACACUUAAAAUAUUUUCCCGUGGUGCCCCGACUUCCUAGUUAAUUAAAGUUACAUGAUAAGUUUAAUCGCGUAAUAAAAUUACACAUAGAGAAUUGAUUUUAUAAUAUACAGUCUUCACAUUUAAUGAUAAUCAACGACACAACAGUAAACAAUUAUCGUGCUUAAACCUGAGUGUAAUAUACCUUUGUUAUUCUAUGGUUUGGUCUUCUUUCAUAAUCAGCAUUUAAGAUAAAUACAACAUUUCCCCAUGGUGGUAAUUAAGUCCUUAUGUUAUGUUAUGUUGAUCCAACCUGGGAUGACAUGGUGGAAGCUAAGCUGCAGUAUCACCAUCAACAUGGGAACCCACAACAUCAGGGAACCCUCUGUUAUACUUACAGUUACAUAUGACCCCCCCCCCCCCCCCCAUGUGGAAAUGAACUGAAUGAUAAUUCAUAAUGGUAUAUUAUCAACAACCACAAAAAUAUGACUGUAUCACACCAGAUGGGGGCGCUGUUGUAUAGAGAACUGCUGGCGUGUAUUCCUAAAGCUUCUCAGAGUAGGACUGCUGAGAUAUGUCGCCAGUGAUGCAUUUCAGACAGUGGUGUAAAAAAAGUUAGUACAACUUAAGUCAUUUUUUGAGCAUCUGUAUUGUACUUUACUUUUCAUAUUUUUGAAUUCACUUCACUACAUUCCUAAAGAAUUUGUUUUACUCCAUACAUUUUCCCUGACACCCCAAAGUACUGAUUAAAUGUUGAAAGCUUAGCAGCACAGGGAAAUUGUCAAAUUCACACACUUAUCAAGAGAACAUAUCCCCACUGCCUCUGCUCUGGCGAACUCACUAAAGACAAAUGCUUUAUUUGUAAAUGAUGUCUGAGUUUUGGAGUGUGUCCCUGGCUAUCCCAAAAAUAAAAAUAAAUAAAAAUUGUGCCUUCUGGUUGGCUUGA